GAAACGCAGAAAGCGACAUGGCUGCCGCCUGCAGGGGAGGGCGGUUUGUGACACAGCCGGCGGCAGCCGUCCCCAAGUCACUGUCACCUUCGCCGCAGCCAGCAACUCCCAUCCGAGGGAGGCCUAAGAAGUGUCUGGUCUACCCGCAUCCCCCGAAGAGCUCGCGCCUGUCUCGGUCCGUCCUGCGCUGGCUCCAGGGCCUGGACCUCAGCUUCUUCCCCAGGAACAUCAACAGGGAUUUUUCAAAUGGCUUCCUGAUAGCAGAAAUAUUCACAAUAUAUUACCCCCAGGACCUUAAAUUGUCAUCCUUUGAAAACGGAACUUCUUUAAAAGUCAAGUUGGAUAACUGGGCACAGGUGGAAAAGUUCCUGGCCAAAAAAAAAUUUAAAUUACCUAAAGAACUAAUCCAUGGAACAAUUCAUUGUAAAGCUGGAGUACCCGAAAUACUGAUACAAGAGAUUUACACCUUGUUAACACAUCGAGAAAUUAAAAGUAUUCAGGAUGACCCCGUGAAUUUCACAGACUAUAGUUACCAGAUGCGUUUGCCCCUGGUUCCCAGGUCUACAGCAUCAAAGUCUAUUAAAGAUAACAUUAGGUUAUCAGAAUUAAUAAGUAAUCCCAACAUGCUCAGCAAUGAACUUAAAGUAGAGUUCCUCUUCCUUUUACAAAUGUUGCAAAGAAAAUUAAGCAGAAAAUUGAAUCCAGAGUGGUUUGAGGUCAAACCAACUGUGGGAGAAUUUACUCUUGAUCAUCUUCCUGCCAAAGCCUACGGGUACAAACGUAACUCAGUGAUAUCAAGGGAAAGAGUUGCUCCUGUUUUAGCAAAUACAGGUAAUCGUGGCAGUGCACUUAAAGAAAUUCAUGUGAAGCAAGCUGGAAAACAUUCUUUUGAAUCUGCUCUGAAACCUAUCAGCAACAUGGAAAAGUAACCUUGAAAAGCACCUGUUAAUGGCUUUGAAGAAGUGUGCCCCUAUCCCUUGCCAUCCUAAAGGGAUAUAAGCACCUAGUCUGGGAUAUAUUUCAAUAAGUUAAUUAAACUGGUGUCUUAUCCAUA